AUGCAGCCUGUUGCGUCCCCUUCGUUUGCCGUCGAUCUGGGCGGGAAUGUUGGAGAUGAGGUUCGGCAUGGGGAACAUAUUCCCACCGAGGUACAUUGUCCCACACCGAUUGGUGUUGGUGAUGGUUUGUUUGAUGAUCCAGAUGACGAUGACGUGGAGCCGGAUUUGAUCGCUGAUGAAAGCGGCGAUGAUGUUGGAACUACUGUUCCGAGAAGAGCUACAGGUGGAUCUAGUUCUGGCACACAGCAGUAUCCACCCCAUUUUUCCCCGUUGGACCUGGAUGCCAUGCGGCAGGACGAAAAUGCUCUGCUGCCCUCAGGAUUUGGCGCUAGAGAUACCGAGGGGUCUGCCGGUGUGAACGAGUUUCAGGUUGGCCAACAAUUUCAGGAUAAAGAUGAGGCGCUGUUCAAUGUGAAGACGUACAGUAUCCGCCGAGGGGUCCAGUACAAGGUCGUUGAGUCUGACUAUCGCAGGUAUGUGGGAAAGUGUUCUGAGUUUGGGAAUGGGUGCACAUGGCUCAUUCGGAUGAGUCUCCGACAGCGGAAGGGUAUCUGGGAAGUGAAGCGAUACAACGGUCCGCAUACAUGUCUCGCCAGCUCCAUCUCCAGCGACCAUAGGAGUCUGGACUACCAUGUGAUAUCCACCUUCAUUAUGCCGAUGGUUAGGGCUGAUGCAGCUGUGAACAUCAAGGUGCUUCAAAAUGCCACGGCCGCACAAUUUGGGUUCAGGCCAACGUACAGGAGGGUAUGGAUGGCGAAGCAGAAGGCCGUUGCCGUCAUAUAUGGGGACUGGGACGAGUCGUACAACGAGCUCCCUAGGUGGGUUUUAGGAGUUCAGCUGACGAUGCCUGGCACUGUAGCCGUCCUCAGGACUUGCCCUGUUCGAGUUGGGGGACAGGUUGACGAGUCUCAGGUUUAUUUUCAUAGGCUGUUCUGGACUUUCCCCCCUUGUAUCCAGGCAUUCCGUCAUUGCAAGCCUUUGGUGAGUAUUGAUGGCACCCAUCUAUAUGGGAAGUAUGGGGGAACAUUGCUAGUCGCCAUUGCACAGGACGGAAACUCGAACAUCCUCCCCGUGGCAUUUGCACUAGUCGAGGGUGAGAAUGCUGAGUCAUGGUCUUUCUUUCUUUCCCACCUCCGUGAGCACGUGACACCUCAGCCGGGUCUAUUAGUUAUUUCAGAUAGGCAUAAUGGCAUCAAGGCAGCACUCGAGGCUCCGGAUGGGGGAUGGCUACCCCCAGCUGCGUACCGGGCAUUCUGCAUUCGACACGUUGCAUCGAAUUUUGCAUUGACGUUCAAGGGAAAAGAUGCCCGGAGGCUUCUUGUUAACGCCGCAUAUGCGAAGACUGAAGUGGAGUUCGACUACUGGUUUGACAUUCUGCGCUCUGAGAAUCCGGCAAUGUGUGACUGGGCGAACCGAAUCGAGUAUUCGUUGUGGACACAGUACUGUGAUGAGGGUCGGAGAUUCGGGCACAUGACGACCAAUAUUUCGGAAUGUGUCAACUCAAUCCUGAAGGGGGUAAGAAACCUCCCUGUUUGCUCGCUGGUGAAGGCCACAUACGGAAGGCUAGCUGAGCUAUUUGUCCGUAAGGGAAGGGAGGCCGAGGCUCAGAUGGGUACUGGACAACAAUUCAGUCAAUACCUAGUAAAGUGUAUCGAGGCCAACCUGAAGACAGCCAGGUGCUUCACGGUGACUGUUUACGACAGGGAUAACUCGGAAUACACCGUUGCUGAGACGACUCCGACAGACUUGUGA